AUGGUCGCCGCGGGAGGCGGCCACACGGCGCUGCUCAGGAGCGACGGCACGGCCGUGGCCUUCGGCGAGAAUCACAACGGCCAGUGCAACGUGCCGGCGCUGGACGGUGGCCUGAGCUACACGCAGGUCGCCGCGGGAAGUGCCCACACGGCGCUGCUCAGGAGCGACGGCACGGCCGUGGCCUUCGGCGCGAAUCACAGCGGCCAGUGCAACGUGCCGGCGCUGGACGGUGGCCUGAGCUACACGCAGGUCGCCGCGGGAAGUGCCCACACGGCGCUGCUCAGGAGCGACGGCACGGCCGUGGCCUUCGGCGAUCACAGCGGCCAGUGCAACGUGCCGGCGCUGGACGGUGGCCUGAGCUACACGCAGGUCGCCGCGGGAAGUGCCCACACGGCGCUGCUCAGGAGCGACGGCACGGCCGUGGCCUUCGGCAGGAAUGACCUCGGCCAGUGCAACGUGCCGGCGCUGGACGGUGGCCUGAGCUACACGCAGGUCGCCGCGGGAAGUGCCCACACGGCGCUGCUCAGGAGCGACGGCGUUCACACGGCGCUGCUCAGGAGCGACGGCACGGCCGUGGCUUUAGGCUUGAAUCUCGCCGGCCAGUGCAACGUGCCGGCGCUGGACGGUGGCCUGACGUACACCGCGCGCCUGCUCGUCGGCGCGACGCUGCUCCUGCAGGCGUCGUUCGACGGUGGCGCGGUGCGCUUCCUGACCCUGGGCGGGGUGGAGCGCUGCUGGGUGCGGGCGGCGCCCGGCGCGCCUCUCGCCGGCGUGCGCGACUGGCUGGCGGGCGAGCUGGGCGCGGGCAGGCUGGGCCCCGGGCUCGGCCGCGCCGACGCGGCCCUGCCAGGCGGACGGCUCCUGAGCGGGGCCUCGGCGGGCGAGACCGUCGCGGACGCCUUCGCGUUGUAG